GCACUUGAAAGCGGCGGACGGGUUGUCAGAGCAAUGCGAUACUCUAUAUUUAUGAUCUCAUUCAUAGGGCUUUCGUCAUGGGGACCAUUUGUGGGAAGUGCCCGCUCGCUGCCUCAUGUGAUGGACUACGCCGUAGUCAGACCUCAGAAACUUACAGUUCGGGGGAAAAGGAGCGCAUCGUCCACACAGACUUAUCCUGACGAGCUUCGUUAUGCAUUGGCUGUAGAGGGACAGAACUUCACACUUCAUCUCGAGAAGAACAGGUUUCUUCUGGGAAGGGAUUACACGGCGACACACUACUUGGAAGACGGUACAGAAGUGACCACGUCACCAAACCAUGAGGAUCACUGUUAUUACCAGGGACACAUCCACGGCACGGGAGACUCCUCUGUCAGCGUGGCACUGUGCUCUGGCAUCCGGGGCUUCCUGAGGGCGGAGCAGCAGGUGUACCUGAUCGAGCCCCUGGGGCAGUCAGCGGAAGACGACCACGCGGUCUACAGGCAGGAACAUCUCCGAGGGAAGAGGUCUACCUGCAGUCACACCAACAAGACCUCCUACGACCACGGGGCCAAAGCCUCGGGACUGUACAAGCUCGGCAACUGGGAAAGCAAGCCCUUUUCUGAUGUCCCAAGGUUUGUGGAGUUGCAUUUGGUGGUUGACAAAGCAGAGUACAAGAGACACGGAGAAAGUAUGAAGGCUAUCGAAGAGAGAAUGCUGGAAAUUGCCAAUCACGUGGAUAAGCUGUACCGCUCCGUGAACAUCCGGGUCAUGCUGGUGGGCCUGGAGGUGUGGUCCUACCAGGACAAGAUCGACGUGAGCUCCAAUCCCGACGAGACGCUCACGCGCUUCCUCCAAUGGCGGCAGAGCAGCCUGGUGAGGAAGAAGAAGCACGACAACGCGCAGCUCGUCACCGGUAUCGAUUUUGAAGGCUCCACUGUCGGCUUGGCAACCAAAUUCGCCAUGUGUAGUGGGGGCUCUGGAGCGGUGAAUGAGGACCACAACGUGAACCCGCUGGGCGUGGCGUCCACCAUGGCCCACGAGAUGGGGCACAACCUGGGCAUGUCCCACGACCAGGCACACUGCGGCUGCGGAGCCACUGGCUUCAGCAAGAACUGCAUCAUGGCCGACAGCGUGGGGUUUAUCUUCCCAAGGGAGUUCAGCCACUGCAGUCAGAUGGAGCUCCGGUCCUUCCUGGAGAAGGCCAACCCCAGCUGCCUGCUGGACUCCCCCAGCACGGACCGGCUUUUCGGGGGUCCCGUCUGCGGGAACGCCUUUCUGGAGGCUGGAGAGGAGUGCGACUGCGGCACCGUCGAGGAAUGCCGAAAUCCCUGCUGUAACGCCACCACUUGCCUUCUGAAGGAGGGAGCGCAGUGCGCACACGGAGAGUGCUGCCAAAACUGCCAGCUCAAGCCGGCCGGCAGUCUGUGUCGGAAGAGCGCUGGUGACUGUGACCUGGAAGAGUUCUGCACAGGAAGUGACACGCAGUGCCCCGGCAACGCCUUCAAGAUGAACGGCCUGCUCUGCGGCUUCGGCCAGGGCUACUGCUACAACGGGGCCUGCCCCACACACCUACAGCACUGCGAGAGGCUGUGGGGCUCAGGGGCACAGGUUGCAGCAGAUGGCUGCUUCUAUCACAACAGCAGAGGCAUCAAGGAUGGCAACUGCGGAAGGACCGCGUACGGCUAUCGGGCAUGCCCAGCACAGGAUCUUAAAUGUGGAAAGAUCUUCUGCUCAGGUGGAAAGGAGUUUCCCAUCACGGGACAGAAAGCCAUCCUGAGUUUAAGGUCCGGGGUGCAGUGCAACAUCGCUGUGGAUCCCUCAGAAACGGACGACUUGGGGAUGGUUCCUACGGGAACCAAGUGUGGAGCAAACAAGGUGUGCUACAACAGCGUCUGCCAGGACGUGUCCGUGUACGGGACGGAGGAAUGCUCUGCCAAAUGCAACAGUCACGGGGUGUGUAAUCACGAGCGGGCGUGUCACUGUGACCCCGGAUGGGCUCCGCCCUUCUGUGAGAUCAGACUGGCUGACCUUCCUGCAGAUGACCGCAUGCUGGUAAUCGGGGUGUCGGUAGCAGGGAUCAUGCUGGUGGUGAUCUCGCUCAUGAUUGGAGGGCUGCUGUUCUUCAGGAAGUCCCGGAGGCAGAAAUAUCCCGGGGAAAAGAAGCCCUACUCUGCCUCGGGACUGUCCAACCCGCUGUUUUUGGAGAGGGGGGGCGGGAAGGGGAGCCCCCGCUGUGGGACCCCUCAGAUCAGUGAGCCCACCUUCCUGGAGUCCUCAGCCACCCAGGCCUGCGCCCCACUGGUGGUCCGGGUCGUCCCCACCCGACACCCGCCCCAGCCACCGAAGAAAAUGCAGAUGCAAACGCCUCCAAGUCCCGCACAGGUGGCAAGACCCAGUGUUCCGCCCCCUGUCACUCCAAACAAACCCUCGUAUUUAAAGAAUAAACCGCUACCUCCAGCCAAGCCUUUGCCACUGCUAAACGAGAAGCAGGGCAACAAGUCAAAACUCCCUCCAGUGCCCCCUGUGAAGCCAACAGGAACCCAAUCAUCAUGGAAACAGCCUCAGGUCUCCGCGGGGCCGAGAGUCGCCCUGAAGCCCCCCACCAAGCCCAGAUGAAGCUGAGCGGCGAUGUGCGCUGACUCAUCGGACCCAGGAGGGCCUCUGCCAGCCAGCCGGGGGGGGGCGGGUCGGAGGGGCCUGUUUGAAGCCGGACGCGGCGGGGGGUGGAUGUGUGUCUGCGCUGGCUCGUCGCCCUCGGUGACCAACCGCCGGGAAACGGACUGGAUGGGAAGCCAGAGCCAAAACUCCAAAUGCGAAGAGGGUUUUUGGCAACCUUCAGGCUUGUGGCCGCACAGACUAAACAGAUCCAGAGACUGUCCUUUUUUUUUUCUUCUUUUUUUUUUUAAACAAAAAUUCACUCUCGGUUCAUUCUGUUUUUUUUGGUACGAGUUCGGUGAGACAAGAGCUCUUCUCUUUACACCAGUGCAAGAGCCGCAUAUUUUUGCUGUGUUGUCUAAGUUGGGGAAUGUUGUCUAACAUAGGGAAUGUUCGAAAGCUGCCAGCUGCCAUUUAAAGGCUUUAUUCCAUUACUAUAUUAUUUCCUGAUUUUUUUGGGGUGGUGGGGGAGUUGAGGGGAGAGAAAGUGGUUCCUUCCUGAAGGAGUCAUCCUCAAGGUUCUUAAUUGUGCGGUUCUGGCACAUUAAGAGAAACCGGACCAACAUGGUGUCAUUUUAACCUUCCCCCGAUCAGGGAGGAUCUUGCACAAUAUAAAUUAUUAUUGCUCUUAUUUAUUUUCUGUGCCUUUAUUGAGUUUGUGUUUCAUUUGUUGUUAUUGCAUGUUGCUUGGCAGUUACUGACUUUGUGUGUUUAGUUUUUUUUUUAAUUGAUUGUUAAACUUGCAUUCAGCUGAGCUGGAUGCAACAGAAUUGCACAGCCCACUGGGGCUCACACUGUUUUCACUUUUUCUUCAUUUGAAGUAUUUACUCUUGUAGCUUGAUAUUUUAAUCUGACAAUCACUUUGAAACUCAUAAUCUGUGAUAAAAAAUUUUUUUACCUGUUUUCCAGAACAAUAAAAAACUUUUUUCAAAGAGGAAA